AUGAAUCCCAGAAACCCAGAAACCACUGGCAAAGGUGGAGUUUUUCUUCCAGCAGUUCACCUUCAGGACCUCAAGGACCACGUGGACCGAUGCCUCAGUGGCCCUUGUAAUCCCCAGCUGGGUGAUCUGUUGGUUGGUCGUGCUGCUCAGCUCUCAGCCUCAUCCACUUGUGGCCUAGAUGGACCUCAGAACUACUGCAUCAUCGGAUAUCUGGAGGGGGAGCAGAAAUGUUUCACAUGUGACUCUCGGCUACCAUAUGACCACUACAGCAACCCAACCAGCCACCGUAUUGAGAAUGUCAUCACAAAUUUUGACCUUGAGAGAAAACUAAAGUGGUGGCAGUCCAAGAAUGGAGUUCAUCAUGUCAGCAUCCAGUUAGAUCUAGAAACUAUGUUCCAGUUCAGUCACCUGGUCCUUACCUUCAAGAGUUUUCGGCCAGCAGCCAUGUUGGUGGAACGAUCAAAGGAUUUUGGACGAAGCUGGAAAGUUUUCCGGUACUUUGCAAAAGAUUGCUCACUUUAUUUCCCUUUGGUGUCUGCUGAGCCAGCCAGGAGCAUCGAUGACAUUGUCUGUGACAGCAGAUAUUCUGGAUCAGAACUAUCCACAGAUGGAGAGUUGGUGCUGAAAGCCCUUGAUCCUGUCUUGAAAAUAGAAAACCCUUAUGCACAAAACAUCCAAGAUCUGAUCACUUUGACAAACAUUCGGGUGAACUUCACUCGCCUCUUCACACUCGGCGACACGCUGCUGAGUCGAAGUAGCAGGAACCUUCAGGAUAAAUAUUACUAUUCUGUUUACAACAUGGUGGUUCAAGGAAGCUGCUUCUGUAAUGGACAUGCCAGGCAGUGUGUGCCUGUGGAUGGAGGGCGGGGGGACGUUUUCAUCCAGCCUGGCAUGGUUCAUGGACAAUGUGUUUGUCAGCACAAUACAGCUGGAGAAAACUGUGAGAGAUGUCAGGACUUUCACCACGACUCCCCCUGGAGGCCUGGAGGAGAGAAGGCAGCAAACAUCUGCAGAAGAUGUAACUGCCACGGCCACUCCUAUUCAUGUCACUUUGAUGCAGUUCGUUACAAAGUGACCGGAGGCAUCAGUGGCGGCGUGUGUGACGACUGUGGCCACAACAGGAUGGGACCUCAGUGUGAACAGUGUAAACCUUUUCUGUAUCAGGAUCCACAGAGAGCAAAGGACGACCCACACGCCUGCAUACCAUGUGACUGUGGUCCUGCUGGUUCACGCCCUGGUGGUCUGUGUGACGCUCUGAGUGGUCAAUGUGUGUGCAAAGAAAACGUAGAGGGUCAACGCUGCGAUCGCUGCAAGCAUGGCUUCUUCAACCUGAGGCAGGAUGACCCAGCAGGCUGUCAGGCAUGCCGGUGUCAUCCUUUGGGAAGUGUCGGCUCAUGUGAUCAGCUGACAGGAAGUUGUGAAUGUGACCAAAUGGCGAGUGGACUGCUGUGUGAUCAAUGUCUGGUAGGUUUCUGGGGUUUGGGAAACUCUGUGUUCAGAUGUUCACCUUGUAACUGUGAUAUCGGCGGAUCUCAUGACAGCACGUGUUCUCCAGAGGACGGGCAGUGUCGCUGUUUACCCAACAUGAUUGGUCGACGAUGCUCUGACCCCGCCCCUGGGUACUUCCUUCCUUCACUGGACUACUUCCUCUUUGAGGCUGAACUUUCUGCCCCACUGCUAGGAGGAAGCUCUUCUACAUUUCCUCCUCCAUAUCCUCCUGCCCCAGUGUCUCCUCCUCCAUCAUCUUCAUCAGUAUGUAACAGUGAUGUGUUUCCUCAGUGUGAGCACUACUUCAAAGAGCGAGGUUUUGAUGCAAAGUUCCAAAAUGGACGAUUUGUUUUGGUUCGGCGGUUGAGUCAUCGAGCCCGCCAAAGGAGACAGGGAAAGCAAGCCAGCAUUCCUCUGGAACCCAGUCACGCCUUGCAGAUCAUUCCCCGUCAGAGGGUGGCUCACCAGCCAGUAACCUGGACUGGCCUGGGAUUGGUCAGAUUGUUGGAGGGGGUCGGACUUAGAUUUACUGUGGACAACCUCCCAUCUUCAAUGGAUUAUCUGCUGGUAAUAAACUAUGAAUCGGAGUCUGCAUCUGAUUGGCUGGCUUCAGUCAGCAUCAUCACAGUGUCACCAGGUGAUGGUGGCUGCAGCAGCAACCCAACAGGAAGUAAAACUCUGAUUCUACUUGGAAAUGGCAGGCGAGGUAUCCUGGACUCUGCGGUGUGUCUGAAUGCUGCAGGUCGAUAUUUUGUGGAUAUCUUCUUUUACAAACAGCCUGGCUCUGAUAGUUCACACAUUCUGAUUGACUCGAUGAAUCUAAUUCACAGAAUCGAGCCAGUCCAUGACUUCUGCUCUCAUAGCGACCUCAACGCUUUUCGCCGGUAUCGCUGUGUUGGAUUGGCUGUUGAGCUCAACUCUCAGGAGUCGCUACCAGAAGUCUGUGAGGGACUCAUUAUGAGCCUUUCAGCACAAAUCCACAAUGGAGCUGUCCUUUGCAGGUGUAAUGUUAUUGGCUCUGUUGGAACAACCUGCAGUAAACUGGAUGGGUUCUGUGAGUGUAAACCCAAUGUUAUUGGUCAUUGCUGUGAUAGUUGUGCACCAAUGACGUUUGGCUUUGGACCUGAAGGCUGCAAACGAUGUGAAUGUGAGCCCCGUGGCUCUGUGUCAGAGCUGUGUGAUCAGGUCAGAGGUCAGUGUGUGUGUCAUUCAGAGGUGACAGGUCAGCGCUGUGAUCGCUGUCAGAUGGGAUUCUGGGGAUUCCCUUUCUGUCAACCGUGUGACUGUAAGGGGCUGUCUGAGGCGUGUGACGGAGACAACGGAGAGUGUCUGAACUGCAGGGAGCACACCACUGGACCCAACUGUGACAAGUGUGUUGAGGGUUACUAUGCUGACCCAGUCUCCAGACAGCCCUGUCAGCCCUGUUUGUGUCCAGAUGUUCUGAGCAGUGGACGAUUCUUUGCCACUUCCUGCCAGCAUGACCCACAGUCCCUCAGGCUCACUUGUAACUGCUGGGAGGGGCACACAGGUGUACACUGUGACAAGUGCAGCCCUGGUUUCUAUGGUGAUCUGACAUUACCAGGUACUGUCUGUAAAGAAUGUCCCUGCAACAACAACAUCAACCCAGAUGAUCGCAACUCCUGUGACAGUGCAACAGGAGAGUGUCUACGCUGCCUUUACAACACAAUGGGACUCCACUGCCAAAAAUGUAAACCUGGCUACUAUGGCAAUGCCCUGGCCCGGGAAUGCAAAGAAUGCUCCUGUGAUCGACAGGGGACUCAGGUGACUCAGUGUCCUCUGGAGAGUCCCUGUUUCUGUGAUCCAACAACAGGACAAUGUCCCUGCAGGACAGGGGUGAUGGGCAACCUUUGUGACGAAUGUGAGGACGGAUACUGGAACUUGCAUGGAGCCUCAGGAUGUCGGCGCUGCAGCUGUGAUCCAGUUAACUCUUUAACCAACAUCUGCAACAAGGUGACCGGACAGUGUCAAUGCCAUCCAGAGUUUGGAGGAAGGCAGUGUGAUGAAUGCGGAGAAAAUUAUUUUGGGAAUCCAGACCUGCAGUGUAUCCCUUGUGACUGCAACCUGGAUGGAACAAAAUGGCCAUCAUGUGACCCUGAAACUGGUGAGUGUGUCUGUCGGGUCGGUGUCACUGGUAUAUUCUGUGAUGAAUGCGCCCCCGGAUUCGACACUUUAUUCCCAACCUGUGAGGCAUGCCAUCCCUGCAAUGCACUGUGGACUGAAAUCGUCACUGAUGUCCAGCAAGCUGCCAAGAGGGUGAGAACCUUCAUCCCUCAUAACCACCUGAAGCUGACAGAUCAUCACCUACAGGACAUAUUUGGCAUGCACUCUACACUCAACAGCCUAGCCAACCUGAUAGGAGUCUCCGCGUCAAAUGUGGAGAAUGUGGAGAAACUGUUUCUGAAGUUCAGGAAGUUGAAAAAUGCCAUCGACCCAAAUGUGAUCCUGAUCAACGCGUCUCCCCUCCUCAACACUGAAAUUGACAACAGUCAUCUGGAGUUCAAGAACCUGAUGAAGAACCUGAAGGAGAAACUCAACUAUGUGCCAACUGAUGAAGAAAAUGUCCGACUAGAAGAACUGCUGGAUAAGAUCCAGAAGCUUCAUAAAGUAUUCAUGUCAGAUGACAAAAGGGUGAGAAAUGCCAACAAAGCUGUAGAGGACUCCAUAGACACCAGACAGGAAGUCAAAAGCAAACUGAGCACCUGCAGCAGCACAGGAGACCUGGGAUCACUGGAGAUGAAGGUCAAAGAGCUCAGUGUGGUUCAACUCAACCAGAAGGUCUGUGGAGAUCCAGAUCUGGAGGACUUUUUAGGGUGCGGUGGAGCUCUUUGCCAUCUGGAUCUGGGAAAAAGGAAGUGUGGAGGUCCAAACUGUAAUGGAGCUGUUCCUGUCAGUGAGAAAGUUUCAGAGGCUGUGGACAAAAUGAAGGACCGACUGAUCAAACUGCCCUCCAGACUGCAGGACUCCAAGAACAAGAUUAAUAAUGCCAAUCAGACGGCUCAGGACACGAAAAUCCUGGCCAAAGACCUGCAGGACCGGAUCAGCAGCCAUACCAACACCUGUGGGAGAAAAAAAAAUGAAAUCAGAGAGCUCAUCCAACGACUCAAAAAAUACCUCAUGGACGACAUGGUUUCUCCAGAGGACGUUGAGAAAAUGGCACAAGCUGUUUUCAAAAUCCAGCUGCCACUGUCACCUGCUCAGAUCCAAUCCAUGAUCAAUGAAAUCAAUAAUUUGUUGACAAAUGCCACUAAACUCUCAGAUGACCUGAGGAACAUGGACAAACAAACCAAGGCAGCCCAGGACAUGCAGCAGAAAGCUCAGGAACACAAGUCAGUGUCUGAAAGCCUUCAAAAAAUCAGUUCUGUAGAAGAAACUCAGGACAAAGCUAACAACAACCUGGAGACAGCGAGCCAAGACAAAGACGAGGCAAAGGACAGGAUUCGAGAUACCGAAGACCUACUGGACAACAUCAAGGUGAAGCUUAUGAAUGCAUCUGAAGAUCUGCUGAAAGAGAUCGAAGCUGUGAAGAAUAAAACUCAACAGAACAGAGAUGCAGUGAGAGAACCACAGAUGUGGUAGAGACCGCUGUAAAACAUGACUGCUGAUGCAAAAAACGGUAAACUUUAAGCUGCAGACACAGAGAUUAUGUUAGAGGCUUUUGGGCAAGAAAAUAUAUCUAAAACCGAAGUUGAGGGUGAAGCUACAGAUCAACUGAAGAACAUCAUAGCAGAAGCUGAGGACAUGAAAAGACAAGUGGAGGACAAACUGAGGCAGAUACAAGAUGUGGAGCUGAAGAUCCAGCACCUGCUUCAGAGGAGAAACCAGAAAGCAGCUGAAGUGUCCAAUUUGUUGCAAGAGGUGGAGUCCAUUCAACAGAACAUCACCACUCAAGCCGAAGCGUAUGCCAAGUGUCCCUGAUAAAUAUAUUGUAAUACUGCUGAUAAAUAACGCUAACCCAGUGAGUACUGGAAAAUGUAGUACUGCUGCUCAGACACUGCUAUAGUAUCUUAAAUACAGCUGAAUUUAAUCUGAAUGUUUUUACACUGUUUAUCUUUUUGCUCUAUUCAUUUCCUUUUAU